AUGUCAAAACGGAAAAUUAAAGUACUGUCAUUAAGUGAUAAACUUAAAAUAGUGAAUGCGUUUGAAUCCGGAAAAUCGCGAAAUGAAAUUCAGAGGGAGUUUAAUUUACCAGAAUCCACCUAUUAUAAAAUUAUAAAAUCAAAAGACUCUAUAAAGUCUGAGUGCUCUGAUGGACAUGGAAAAAUUAAGAGGACUAGAGUUUCUGAAUUUCCCAAUAUCGAAAAGUGCCUUUUGGAAUGGAUAAAACAAACUCUCGAUAAGAAUAUUCCCAUAGAUGGACCUUUGUUGAAAGAAAAAUCAAAAGAGUUUGCCACAAAACUGGGAAUACAGAACUUUUCUGCUAGCAACGGUUGGUUAGAGGGUUUUAAAAGGCGUCAUGACAUAGCUUUCAAAAAAGCAGCUGGAGAAAGUAAAUCUGUGGACCAAGGUGUGUGCAACCACUGGACUGAAGAUCUGCCAAAUCUUUUAGAAGGGUAUAAAUCAGACGAUAUUUACAACGCGGAUGAAACUGCUUUGUUUUUUAAGUGCCUUCCGGAUAAAACAUUUACGUUUAAAGGCGAAAAAUGCCAUGGAGGAAAACAAAGCAAGGAACGCCUUACACUUCUUCAGUGUGUAAACAUGAGUGGUACGGACAAACUCCCUCUUCUCAUCAUCGGGAAAUCAAAGCGACCUAGAUGUUUUAAAGGUGUCAAGACUCUACCCGUUGAUUAUGCCAAUAAUACAAAGGCUUGGAUGACCAAGAUAUUAUUUAAAGAUUGGUUGAAAAAAGUUGACAAACAAAUGAAGAUAAACCGAAAAAAAAUUCUGCUAUUCAUUGAUAACUGUGCUGCCCAUACGGACUUGCCACCACUUGCAAACGUAAAAGUAAUGUUUUUACCUGCUAACACCACUAGUAAACUUCAACCAUUAGAUCAAGGCAUCAUUCACACUUUUAAACGCUUUUAUCGCAGAGAAGUCGUUAAACAUAUUCUUACGAGUCUGGAAGAAAACAAUAGCCCUGACAUUAACGUACUUCUAGCUAUGAAAUUUGCUAGAAAAGCAUGGUACUUAGUCAGUGACGUUACUGUCAAAAACUGCUUCAAGAAAGCUGGGUUUCUUGAAGCUGGAAAUGAUGUUGAAGUUGGACCUAGCAACGGAGAAUGGACUAAGCUUGUGUCUCACGAAUCCAAUAUGUUAAUGCCGAGCUUCGAAGAUUUCGUUCAAAUUGACGACGACGUAACUACCGCAGGAGAACAAACCGACGACGAUAUCAUUAAGAAUUGUGUGAACACCUGUAUUGCUGGAAAUGACAGUGAAGACGAGGCACAGAUUCCGGAAACAGAAAUAAAGAUCAUUCCAAUGAAGCUAGCUAUAAAUGCGUUGGAGACGGUGCAUCAGUACUUUGAAUACGCGGCGGUUGUUGAUCGAGCAAUAUUCGACAAAAUUUAUGAGUUAGAAAAAAACAUUCAAAAUACAAAAACAGAAACCCAAACAAAAUUGACGGAUUUUUUUGAGUGCAAAUAA